AUGUUCUUCUUAAACUUUUCCCAUCAUAAUAAGAAUAACCUCUCUGUAUCUUACGCCCACACCGUUAAGGCGUUGCAGCCAGUUUGCACGGUUUUACUAGUUUAUAUUAUAUUAAAGGAGAAACCCGCACUACCUUUGUUAUUUUCGCUCUGCCCUAUUGUAGCUGGAGUCGUACUCGCCUCGCUAACGGAAGUUGAAUAUAACUUUUUAGAUUUUGGGAAUAUUUUAACUUUUGAUAAAGCCGUUUUGUUAAAAAAUCCCUACUGGAAACUUUUGAGCUGCGGCUUUUGUAAUUUUGGACAAAGUUUGGCCUCUUUUUCCGUUUUGUUUCUUGUUUCUCCUGUUUCUUACUCGGUGGCCAAUACGACUAAAAGGAUCGUCAUCAUCAUCACUUCCAUUUUCCAUUUUCAAAAUGCAGUAAAGCCCGCAAACGCUUUUGGGAUGUUCCUAGCUGUGUUUGGUGUGGCGCUUUACAACAGAAUCAAAUUAAAUUUAAAUAAAAAGAUUGUGAGAAUCGUCUUACCAGAACAGAAUGUUUAGCACAGCGACUGUAUAAAUUAGAAAUUUUUUAUUUGUCAUGUACUAAAAA